AUGAUGAACUUCCUCACUCUGAAAUUGGAUGCUCUUACUCAAGAGGUCCGUGGGCAAAAGGCAAGUGUCAAUGCUAUCUCUUCUCCGAUGGAAGGAUAUCUGGAUCCUAGUGUUAAUCAACACCCUUAUACACAACAGUUUCCAGACGAAGCAUCUUUUAUCCAAGGAAGACAAUCAUGGCCUGUUCAGAAUAAUUCAUAUUACAAUCCAAAUCAGAGGCCGAACAACAAUCUUUCAUACAACAACAAUCAUGCUACCGAUCCACAGUAUGCAAUUCUUAAGCAAAAUCAACCUCCUGGUUUUCAACCCCAACAACAAUAUCAACAUCAAACAAAGGAAAAGAAAGAACCUGCUGAUUGGGAAGUUGCACUCAGCAAGAUGAUACAAGGAACUACUGGGGCUUUUGCUAAUAUUGAGACUAAAUUCGAAAAGGUUGAGUCAAGGAUUGAUCAGAUAGCUUCGUCACAGAAGAUGUUGGAAAUGCAGAUUGGCCAAAUCGCUAAUAAGGUUGGUGUUCGUGAGCAGGGAUCACUACCUAGUCAACCAGAUGUGAAUGCCCAAGAACACUGCAAGGCUAUCACGUUGAGGAGUGGCAAAGAAUUACCAGAAGUUAGAGUCCCGGAACUGAGUGAUGCAACUCUUCCUCCUAAAAAGAGAAAGUCAUAUCAAAUUACUGUGGAAAUUGUGGAUGAUCCAAAAGAUGAUAUUGCACCAAAAGCUCACGUUAAACAAUAUGUGCCUCCAAUCCCUUAUCCACAAAGGUUGACAAAUCGGAAGUUAGAGAAGCAAUAUGAGAAAUUUUUAAAGAUGUUUCGGGAGAUACACAUUAGCAUUCCUUUUGCUGAUGCUUUGGCUCAAAUGCCCCUUUAUGCGAAAUUCAUGAAACAGGUAUUAUCUAAUCGCAAGAAGUUAGAGGCGGUGGAGACAAUCAGUCUGAAUGAAGAGUGUAGUGCUGUUAUACAACACAAUAUUCCUCCUAAGCUCAAGGAUCCUGGGAGCUUUUCUUUGCCAUGCACUAUUGGAAAAGUCGGAGUAAAAAGAGCAUUGUGUGAUCUUGGAGCUAGUGUGAGUUUGAUGCCACACUCUAUUUAUAAAAGACUUGGUUUGGGAGAGCUAAAGAAAACAAGGAUAUCACUUCAACUUGCGGAUCGAACUAUAAAAUAUCCAUUGGGUGUACUUGAGGAUGUUUUGGUGAAUGUUGAUAAAUUUGUUAUUCCUUGUGAUUUUGUUAUUCUGGAGAUGAAUGAGGAUGUUGAGAUUCCUAUUAUCUUGGGAAGGCCAUUCUUGGCUACUGCUGGAGCAAGUAUUGAUGUGAAAGCCGGCAAGGUUUCACUAAACGUGGGUGAAGAAAAAGUUGAGUUUGAUCUUGAUCAAGUUAUGAAGGCACCGUCACUUGAAACCGAAAGCUUUGCUGUGGAUAUUGUUGAAGAACUUGUGCAUGAUGUCACUGAAAAUAUUCUCGAGAAGGAAACCGAAGGUGAUGGAAACGAUUCUCUGAAACUCCGAGAAAGGGAAUUUAAGGAGAUGGAUUUGACACUUGGACCAUUUGAGAUGGUUUUGAAAGAGCCACCAUAA